GCGAUUGCGCAUUAAUAUUGUGAAAAUAAUAAAGUUGAUUAAAAAAUUUGGGAUUAUAGUAAUGUAAAUAAUAAUAUCCUUAUCAAAAGAGUAUAAUAAAGAUGGCUUUAAGAGAUUUGAUGCAUAUUUACUACAAUUUAUUCUCGAAAAAAGUUGCUUAUUGUGCGUUGUGUUACAAAAGUGAAGCCGAGACGCGAUUAAUACAUUCGAGGGUUUACAAGAAGGUCGUUGAAGCUUUAAAAUAUUCAGAAAUUUUUACGCAGAACAAGCAACUGUGCUACAUCUGUGAGAAACAAAUGACAUCUUUUAUGCAUUUACUGGACAAUCUUCAGCUGGCCGUGGACGUGCAAAGAGUUUUUAUCAGAGCAGACAUGUGCAAUGAAUAUAGGACAAAUGUAAUGGAGGAAAGUCUUAAUACAUAUCAAAAGGACUUUAUAAAGAUUAGAAUGAAAAUGCAACUUUACCAAACAAAUGUAUUGAUUGUGGAUACUUUUGAUGACCCGGAUGAUAUUUCACAAUUACCACCAGAUCCUUGCAACACAAAACACACAGAUCAUAAUGACAUAGAGAUGGUAUUUAAUGGAAAGGAUAAACAGAUCCAUACGAAAGAUAUAACACAAUUUGAUCAAAUAGAUCUGCCUGUGAUAUUACCGGACUCCAAUAUGAUCCUAACUCUAGGUUCUGACAAUAAACUGUAUAUUGUUCCCGCACCAGUUGAUGAAACAAAAGAUAUUAAUAUAGACAAUGAAAAUAUCACAUCGGAAAAUAAUGAUAUAAAAAAUAUACAAAAAGAAGAAUUAACUUGGCAGGAAAAAUCAAAAAAUGUACUCAAUUUUAAUUUUAAAAGACCCCAACUUUUACCUAAGCGCGUCAAAAGAUCACAAGAUGAAACAAUAGUGAAGAGAACUAAAAAUUCUAAUCUACCUUUUAUAGUAGAUUGUAGGACAGAUAGUACAGCGUUUAAUGAAGAAAUAAAAGAAGAAAUAAUUGAGCCGGAAGUUGUUGAACAUCCAAUCAGAACUGAUUCUGCGGUGGAUUGGGAGGACAAAAUACCUAUGGAAGUUAUAUCAUUCAUGGACGAUGGGGUAAAUUCAAAAGCAGCAAGGCGUAAAAGACAGUUAAAGACAAAUCAAAUAGAAUGUAUAGAUUUAUGUUAAUAAAAUUGUAAUGUGAAGAGACAAUUUGACAAUUUAGAAGUGUUAUAACUAUGAUAUCUCUAUAAGGGAUUGAUGGCAGAAGAAAUUUGUGACAUGGCAAUACUGAACGACAGUUUUAAAGAGCGCUGCGAACAGGCAGUUCGUAAAUUAAAAAAAAAGUUAAAAGAAAAUUAUAAUAGUGCAAUUUGGGGAAUAUUGAAAAAUGCUUGCUUGUAUGAUCCAUACAAACACUUUUGUACAAAAUGUACAUGGCCGGAUAAAUAUUUUUCAUUGGCAACACUUAUAUUCAGUAUUACAGAUACUCAAAUU